AUGAUGAUAAUAAUGAUAAUGAUAAUAAUGAUAAUGUUAAUAAUGAUAAUGAUAAUAAUGAUAUUUACAGGUCGAGUAGCAUUUGAAAAACUAACAGAAUUGGAUUAUCGAGGAACAACAUAUUACACGGUUAAAAAUUUAUCGUUAUACGAGUGUCAAGGUUGGUGCAGAGAAGAACCCGAUUGUCAAGCGGCGUCUUUCAGUUUUGUCGUCAAUCCGUUGACGCCGGUACAGGAAACGGUUUGCCAAUUACAAAAUGAAACAUCAGCCAGUAAUCCGGCUGCUUCCCCCCAGAGAAGUGUUAAUUUAUACUAUAUGGUUAAACUUCAAAUAAGAUCAGAUAAUGUUUGUUUAAGACCGUGGACGUUCGAACGUGUGCCAAAUAAAAUGAUUCGCGGACUCGAUAAUGCUUUAAUAUACACAUCGACAAAAGAAGCUUGUUUGGGAGCUUGUUUGAACGAACAUCGAUUCACGUGCAGAUCAGUCGAAUACAAUUACGUCACUUUACAAUGUCAUUUGAGCGAUUCCGAUAGGAGAACGAGUGGACAAUACGUGCAAUUCGUCGAUGCUCCAGGAGUUGACUACUUUGAAAAUUUAUGUCUCAAAGGUAGUCAAGCCUGCAAGUCAAAUCGGAAUUUUCAGGUGCCAAGAAUCGGUGUGGCAGACGAUAAAGUAGCUCAAUAUGCCAGUUUUCAUUACUACAUAGAUAAAGAAUUACAGGUCACAAGCGAAUCUGCGUGUCGUCUUGCUUGCGAAAUUGAAAAUGAAUUUUUAUGCCGGUCGUUUUUAUACAAGGGAGCACCAACGGGAACAUCUUACAAUUGUCAAUUGUUUCAUUUGGAUCACAAAACUCUUCCAGAGGGACCCAACACUUAUUUAAAUGCCGAUAGACCUUUGAUUGAUAACGGAGAAAGAGUUGGAACGUAUUAUGAAAACUAUUGUGAAAAACCGACAAAUGGUGAACUUCCGGUCGUUUUCGAAAACACCGAAGAUCCAUUAUUGAAUAAUUUAACGAGAGCCGAUGUCAAUGCGACAAAACCGGAACUUGUUACGACGAAAAAAAAGAUAGCCGUCCAAGUAAGAACGAACAAACCAUUUAACGGAAGAAUUUACGCAUUGGGAAGAUCGGAAACGUGUAACAUUGACGUCGUCAACAGCGAUUUGUUCAGGUUGGAUUUGACAAUGACCGGACAAGAUUGUAACACGCAAUCAGUCACGGGUGUUUAUUCCAACACUGUCGUUUUGCAACAUCACAGCGUCGUCAUGACAAAAGCCGACAAAAUAUACAAGGUUAAAUGUACCUACGACAUGUCGUCGAAAAAUAUCACGUUCGGAAUGAUGCCAAUUAGAGAUCCGGAAAUGAUAAGUAUUACGUCAGCACCGGAAGCACCACCACCGAGAAUAAGAAUAUUAGAUUCGAGAAGUAGAGAAGUUGAAACAGUUAGAAUCGGUGAUAAAUUAACGUUUAGAAUCGAAAUACCGGAAGAUACACCCUACGGAAUAUUUGCAAGAAGUUGCGUUGCCAUGGCCAAAGAUUCAAAAAGUACAUUUCAAAUAAUCGACGACGAAGGUUGUCCAGUUGAUCCGACGAUAUUUCCAGGUUUUAACGCAGACGGAAACGCGUUGCAAUCCAUAUACGAAGCUUUCAGAUUUACCGAAUCGUAUGGAGUCAUAUUUCAGUGUAACGUCAAAUACUGUUUGGGACCCUGCGAACCCGCUGUUUGCGAAUACGGAAGGGAUUCGAUCGAAUCGUUGGGAAGAAAACGAAGGAGCGUCGGUGGUAAUUCGUCGAACGAUUCUUCGACGGAAGAAGACAUGACACUGAGUCAGGAAAUAUUAGUUUUAGAUUUCGGCGAUGAAAAACAAAGUGAAUUCUUACGUCACGAUGGUUCGGCUGCGGAUUUCGGAAAAGAUAAAACGGUUACGAUUGUCGAGCCGUGUCCGACGAAAACAUCCGUUUUAGCAUUGGCCGUCACUUGCGCUCUACUCGUUUUAGUCUACAUAAGCACCUUGUUUUGCUACUACAUGAAACAAUGGCUCUCUCCAAAAAAGUUAGUGGCUUAA